AUGUCUGUGAAAAAACAAAUGAUUGUUAUCUUACGUUAUGUUGACAAAAAUGAUUGUGUUAUUGAGAGAUUUUUUGGAAUUGUGCAUAUUUUUUAUACAAGUGCUUUGUCUCUUAAAUCAUCAAUUGAGUCAUUGUUUGCUAGGCAUGGAUUAAGCAUGGCAAUAUUACGAGGCUCAGGUUACGACGUUACGAUGGAGCUACUUCAAUUAACCCUUGUUGUUGUUGCAAAAAGCGAUAUUCAUAUUGCAUCGCUUUUUAAUAUGAUUGCUAGUUUGUUGAAUGUUGUUGGAGCCUCAUGUAAAUGUCGAAAUAUUCUUCGAGAAAGUCAAGCCACUGAAGUUUCUGAGGCAUUAAAAACUAGUGAAAUGAUAAGUUAUCGUAGAUUAAAUCAAGAAACUAGUCUUAAAAGAGCAACAGAUGCACAUUGGGGUUCACAUUAUGGUACAAUUCUAAAUUUGAUCAACAUGUCGUCAACUGUGGUAGAGAUACUUAAUAGUAUUGUUAAGGAUGAUACAAGUUCAGAGCAAAGGGCAGAAGCAUAUGGUCUAUUAGAAUUUUCAACAAUUAAGGGAAUUGGUGGUUUUACUCAAAAGUUUGUCCAAACAAAGAAGAAUUUAGCAUAUCCACUAGUUUACUUACUUGUGAAAUUGGCAUUGAUAUUACAUGUUGCAAAUGCAAGUGUUGAAUGGGCAUUUUCUACAAUGAAAACUGUGAAAAUUCAAUUGCAGAAUUGGAUGGGAGAUCAAUUGUUUAAUGAUUAUUUGAUUAUAUAUGUUGAGAAAGAUGCCUUUGAUAGCAUUGAUAAUAAAGCGAUUAUGCAACGCUUCCAAAAAAUGAAAACUCAUUGA